AUGCGGGACAAGGCCAGGAGGUUCAAAGGGCCGCCGAGAUCCAUCGCCGUGGGCAGCACGUGCUCGGGCGCAGGGACCUUGGAGUUCGCGCUCCAGGACCUCGGCGCUGACUAUGAUGUGAAGUUCGCUUGUGAUAAUGACAGGUGGGUGAAGGUCUUCUACCAGGCUCACCACCAUGCAAAGUUCUGGUUGGAUGACGCCCUGGACGAGUGCCACGAGCACGCGCCCUACGUGGACGUGUACGCAGCUGGGUGGCCGUGUCAGGGCAUGUCUCAAAGUGGUUAUAUGCAGGGUGCCGACGACCCUCGCACCCAGGUCGCGCAGGGCGUGAAGAAGUACAUCCAGAAGAAGAUGCCCAAGAUGUUCAUGCUGGAGAAUGUCCCCACGAUGGCCACGACCUUCGCAUCAUUCUUCAAGAGCCUUCUGCAGUUUUUCAUGAGGCUUAAGUUGGCAGAUGGCAGCGCGGCGUACGAGGUGCGCUGGAAGUUCCUGAACGCAUGCGACAACGGAUCGCCUCAGAACCGGAAGCGCAUCUACAUCAUCGGGCUGAGGAGGGAUGCCAUCGUGAAACCAUUCGCGUGGCCACCAUCCAUGUCGACGCCUCCAUUGAGCUCGGCUCUCGAUAUGGAGGAUGUGGUCCCAGGCCCGCGGACGUUCCCGGAGUCGUGGAGGGCUCGCACGAACGUGGAGACCGCCCUCGCAGAGCUGGCGAGUCAGAACAUCGACCCGGACAGCGUGGACGUGAUCGUGGACACGGACACUGGCAAGGACAGCUGCUUCUACGUCAACCGGGCGCCGACGUUGACGGCCUCCAGGCGCAGCGGCAGGGCGUACUGGCUGCUGAAGAACAACCGCCGCGCCAAGAUGUCCGAGCUUUUCGCGCUGCAGGGGUUCCGUCACAGGGACAUCAUCAUGACCAGCGUCCCACAGCCCCAGCUGGGCAAGAUCGUGGGCAACGCGUUCGCGCAGUGCGUCGUGAG